CGAUCCUGAGCACAAAAUAAUUCUUUCUUUUUUCUUCUUAGUUUCAGGAAAUAAUCAAAUUCAAUCAAUAGAGAGAGAAACAAGAGAGAGAGAGAGAGAGACAGGUCACCAUUUUCAGAGGGAAUCAAAAGGGCAAGAAGAAGAAGAAGAUUUCUAUUGUUGUUCGUGUUCUUCAUUUGGGUUGGGGUUUGGAUCAAUCGAUCAUUGCGAAUUCAAUCUUCAAUCCCUCUUCCCCCCUCUUGGUGGGAAUGAUCGAUUGUUUCUCCAUUUCUUCCUCCCAUCAAAUCUCGCCUGUUUAUCGGAAAAUUUGAAAUUCUGUUUUUGGCCUAAACUGCACCAGAUUGUCUCAUCUCGUCUCGCAUUUGAUCCGUUUCGGUGUCUCAUUGUCUGUUCAUCUUGGAAUUCUUUUCGAUUCUCUUAUUUUGGGAAAUGUGUGUGGUGAAUCCGCACGCAGCGGCGGCCGGAAUCCAUGGCUGGAAGAAGGAGCAUUGAUUUUGGGGGGAAGGAAUUAGGGUUUGUGAAUUGGGGGCGGAGAAGGGAUAGAUAGAUAGAUAGAUAGAUAGAUAAUGAACAAAGAAUUCCUGGGGCUAACAAAAGUGUGGGAAAUUAAGGUUAAGAAGGUCCAAUCUGUCGCCAGGAAGAGACCCCCCAGCCUAUUCGCGACAAUGUCCGUUGCCCACGUCGACGACGACGACGACGAAGACGGCGGCGGCGCCGCCAGUGGCCGCCACGUCGAGAAAAACUUCCCCAACGGAGACGUCUAUAUGGGCCAAUGGGCCGACGAUCUCCCCCACGGAAUCGGCAAGUACGUCUGGGCCGACGGCUGUAUGUACGCCGGCCGGUGGUGCCGCGGCCGGACGACGGGGAAGGGAAAAUUCAGCUGGCCGUCCGGCGCCGUCUACGACGGCCACUUCAAGAACAACUACAUGGACGGCGAGGGCACGUACACCGGCUCCUCCGACGACACCUACUCCGGCGGCUGGCUCUUCGACACCCGCCACGGCAGCGGCGUCCGCCGCUACGACAACGGCGAUCACUACGAGGGGCUAUGGCGUCGCAACUCCCCCGACGGGAAAGGGAGGUACCAAUGGAGCAAUGGCAACCAAUACAUCGGCCAAUGGAGGCUGGGGAAGAUGCACGGCACCGGGACCAUGAUCUGGGCCGACGGCAACCAAUACGACGGCAAUUGGGCCGACGGCUUGCCCUGCGGCAAUGGGAAAUUCCGGUGGGCCGACGGGAGCUUCUACGUUGGCGUAUGGAGCGAGGAUCCGAAGGAUCGCAGCGGGACUUAUUAUCCACCGAACGGCAGCGCCGGCGGAGGCGCUGCCGCCACCGGAAACCUCGAUUGGGAUCCUCAAGACGCUUAUUCGGCGAGCACGAUCGAUUUCCGGAUAAGCCCCGGCGAGAAAAUUCCGAUCUUACCUUCGCAGAAAAUGUUCAGCUGGUCUUGUAAGAACGGCGCCCGGUCGACGCGGGAAUCCGUCGACGCGACAUUGACCGAAUCGUUGGGCUCGGAAUCGGAUAGCGUCGGAAGUUGCUCUGAGUUCGAUGGCGCGACGGCAUCCGAAGAAUUAUCGGAUGCGGCGCCGGGUUAUAAACGUCCAGUUAUGAUUAUAAAGCCGGCGAAGCGGCAAGGGCAGACGAUCACUCGCGGCCACAAGCAUUACGAUCUAAUGCUCAACUUGCAGCUCGGUAUUAGGCAUGCCGUGGGACGGCCGGGGCCAACGGUGUCGAUCAACGCGAAACCGUCGGUGUUUGAUCCUAACGAUAAGGUUUGGACUCGGUUUCCUACCGAGGGAUCGAAGCACACGCCGCCACAUCCGUCGUGCGAGUUUAAAUGGAAGGACUACUGCCCUUCCCUCUUUAGGACACUCAGGAGAUUAUUUAAGGUUGAUCCCGCCGAUUAUAUGAUGUCGAUUUGCGGAAGCGAUGCCCUCCGGGAGCUCUCGUCGCCGGGAAAAAGCGGGAGCUUCUUUUACCUGACUAGCGACGACAGGUACAUGAUCAAAACCAUGAGGAAAUCCGAAGUGAAAGUGCUUAAGCGAAUGCUUCCGGCUUACUACAACCACGUUCGACAAUACGAGCAUACGCUCGUCACCAAAUUCUACGGCCUUCACUGCGUCAAGGUGAGCGGACCGGCACAAAAGAAGGUGCGGUUCGUUAUUAUGGGAAAUUUGUUCUGUACCGAAUACGCGACUCAUAGACGAUUCGACUUGAAAGGUUCCUCCCUCGGCCGCCUCACCGUUAAACCCGAAUCCGAGAUCGACUCGACCACGACCCUCAAAGAUCUCGACUUGAACUUCAUUUUCCGACUCCAAAAAUCGUGGUUCCAAGAGUUCCGCCGGCAAGUCGAUCACGAUUGCGAGUUCCUCGAGAAGGAGAGGAUUAUGGAUUAUAGUCUCUUGGUCGGGGUUCACUUCCGGGAGAUAUCAUCGUCGGGAGAGCCUUUAAUCUUCAAUACUCGAUCGAUGGGUGGGAACAGAAACAAUCCGAACGAAACGAUGGAUGACGGCCGAGAUCCUAAGUGGCCCGCGUCGAUUCACCUCGGUUCGAGCAUCCCCGCGCGGGCAGAACUAGCCGUGAGGAAAAACAACGGCGAGACGCAGCUCGUCGGGACGCCAACCGGCGAUUACUACAACGUGGUUCUCGUAUUCGGUAUAAUUGACAUUCUACAAGACUACGACAUUAGUAAAAAGCUCGAGCACGCGUACAAGUCGUUCCAACACGACCCCGCUUCGAUAUCGGCGGUUGACCCGAGGCAGUAUUCUAAGCGAUUCCGCGACUUCAUAUUCAAAGUUUUCACCGAAGACACUUGAUCGAUUGCAAAACGGUAUAAAUUGGAUUAGUUUCGCGGAAGAAUCCGAACCGAUCGACCGAUCUUAUCCCCGUUACGUCGCAACAGAGCUUCCUCUUGUCCGAUGAGGGUGCCUCGAUUUUUUUAUAUAUCUACAAAUUUUUUUUCGUGCCGUUAUAUUUGUCGAUCGAGAAUUAUCGGUGUCGGAUCGACGAAUUAAUCAGCACGAGAUUUCUACGAGAAGGUUCGGAAUAAGACGGCCUUGUCGUGGACGAACGGUGAAGGUAAAAAGAGGCAUUGAAGAAAAAAUGAAAGGAAUGUAUGUAUCUAAUGUAUGUAUGUAUUGUUUUGUACUGAUAAUUUUUAUCACACACGAAGAGUUGCAUGUCGGAAAUUCGGACUACGUCGGAAUAAGGUUGUAUAGACUCAAAUGUAAAUGCAAAUGACAAUGGAAUGCACAUUUCAAUCAA